GUGUUUUCAAUUUACCGUAAACAAAAGGAAUGUGCGCCGACCCGGAAAUGAAAAUGGGGGCAAGGCAGUAGUAGCCCCGAAAGCCGUCAGUACGGAGGAGGGGGGAAGCCGUAGCCAUGGCGGUAGCUGUGGCCAUGGCAGGGGCCGUAGCCGGGACGGAGAUAGGCCCGGCGGAAGAACUCGCCAAACUCGAGUAUCUUUCUCUAGUGUCGAAGGUUUGCACCGAGCUGGAUAACCACUUGGGGAUCAACGACAAGGAUCUGGCUGAAUUUGUGAUCAGUCUUGCCGAGAAAAACACCACCUUUGAUACAUUUAAGGCUUCCCUCGUGAAAAAUGGUGCAGAAUUCACGGAUUCCCUUAUUAGUAACUUGCUGCGUCUCAUACAAACCAUGCGGCCUCCAGCAAAGCCUUCUACUAGCAAAGAUCCGGUUGUUAAACCCAAAACUGAGAAAGAAAAGUUGAAGGAACUCUUCCCCGUCCUCUGCCAGCCAGACAACCCCUCUGUUCGGACCAUGCUGGACGAGGACGACGUGAAAGUCGCCGUGAACGUCCUGAAGGCGCUGGAGGCCCUGAUGCCCAGUGCAGCCGGCCCGGAGAAGCCGCGGGAUGCCGAGCACCGGGACAAGACAAAGAGGAAGAAGCGGAGUCGCAGUCGAGACCGAGAGCGUGACCGAGAGCGUGACCGUGACCGUGACCGUGACCGAGAUCGAGACCGUGAUAGAGACCACAAGCGGCGGCACCGGUCCCGCUCUCGGUCACGUUCCAGGACCCGGGAGAGGAACAAAGGGAAGUCUAGGUAUCGGUCCAGGAGCAGAAGCCAGAGUCCCCUCAAAGACCGGAAGGACCGAGACAAGUAUGGAGAGAGGACCCUGGACAGAUGGCGGGACAAGCAUGUGGACCGCCCUCCCCCGGAAGAGCCCGCCAUCGGGGACAUUUACAACGGCAAAGUCACCAGCAUCAUGCAGUUCGGAUGCUUUGUGCAGCUGGAGGGUCUGAGGAAACGCUGGGAAGGCCUGGUGCACAUCUCGGAGCUCCGGCGGGAGGGCCGUGUGGCCAAUGUGGCCGACGUGGUGAGCAAAGGCCAGAGAGUCAAGGUCAAAGUGUUGUCCUUCACUGGGACCAAGACCAGCCUGAGCAUGAAGGAUGUGGACCAAGAGACCGGAGAAGAUCUAAACCCAAAUCGACGACGAAACCUCGUUGGGGAGACCAAUGAGGAGACCUCAAUGAGGAAUCCGGACAGACCCACUCACCUCUCCCUCGUCAGCGCCCCCGAAGUGGAGGACGACUCCCUGGAGCGCAAGCGCCUCACCCGCAUCUCCGACCCGGAGAAGUGGGAGAUCAAACAGAUGAUUGCGGCCAAUGUGCUUUCCAAAGAAGAGUUCCCAGACUUCGAUGAGGAGACCGGCAUCCUUCCGAAGGUGGACGACGAAGAAGAUGAGGACCUUGAGAUCGAGCUGGUCGAGGAAGAGCCCCCGUUCCUGAGGGGGCACACCAAGCAAAGCAUGGACAUGAGCCCUAUCAAAAUCGUUAAGAACCCAGACGGCUCCCUCUCCCAGGCGGCCAUGAUGCAGAGCGCCCUGGCCAAAGAAAGACGGGAGCUCAAGCAGGCCCAGCGGGAGGCCGAGAUGGACUCUAUUCCCAUGGGACUCAACAAACAUUGGGUCGAUCCUCUGCCUGAUGCGGAAGGCAGGCAGAUCGCGGCCAACAUGAGGGGCAUUGGGAUGAUGCCCAAUGACAUUCCCGAGUGGAAGAAGCAUGCCUUUGGGGGCAACAAAGCUUCCUAUGGAAAGAAGACCCAGAUGUCAAUCAUUGAGCAGAGAGAGAGCCUGCCCAUCUACAAACUGAAGGAGCAGUUGGUCCAGGCCGUCCAUGACAACCAGAUCCUGAUUGUCAUCGGAGAGACGGGCUCCGGGAAGACCACGCAGAUCACCCAGUACCUGGCGGAGGCGGGCUACACGUCCCGGGGCAAGAUCGGGUGCACCCAGCCCCGCAGAGUGGCGGCCAUGUCAGUGGCCAAGAGAGUGUCAGAGGAGUUUGGUUGUUGCCUAGGCCAGGAGGUGGGCUACACCAUCCGGUUUGAGGACUGCACCAGCCCCGAGACCGUCAUCAAGUACAUGACGGACGGCAUGCUGCUGCGAGAGUGCCUGAUCGACCCCGACCUCACGCAGUACGCGAUCAUCAUGCUGGACGAGGCGCACGAGAGGACGAUCCACACCGACGUGCUCUUCGGGUUGCUGAAGAAGACGGUUCAGAAGCGGCAGGACAUGAAGCUGAUCGUCACCUCAGCCACCUUGGACGCAGUGAAGUUUUCCCAGUACUUCUAUGAAGCUCCCAUCUUCACCAUCCCCGGUCGAACAUACCCCGUGGAAAUACUGUACACGAAGGAGCCCGAGACGGAUUAUCUGGACGCCAGCUUGAUCACGGUCAUGCAGAUCCAUUUAACAGAGCCGCCAGGCGACAUCCUCGUCUUCCUGACUGGCCAGGAAGAGAUCGACACAGCCUGCGAGAUCCUGUAUGAGAGAAUGAAGUCCCUGGGGCCUGAUGUUCCCGAGCUGAUUAUCCUCCCGGUGUAUUCUGCUCUUCCCAGCGAGAUGCAGACCCGGAUCUUCGACCCGGCCCCACCCGGCAGCAGAAAGGUUGUGAUUGCCACCAACAUUGCAGAGACGUCGCUGACUAUCGAUGGCAUCUACUACGUGGUGGACCCUGGCUUCGUGAAGCAGAAAGUGUACAAUUCCAAGACAGGGAUCGACCAGCUCGUGGUGACCCCCAUUUCUCAGGCUCAGGCGAAGCAGCGAGCCGGCAGAGCCGGGAGAACGGGCCCGGGGAAGUGUUACCGGCUGUACACAGAACGUGCCUACCGAGACGAGAUGCUGACCACCAACGUGCCCGAGAUCCAGAGAACCAACCUGGCGAGCACGGUGCUCUCGCUCAAGGCCAUGGGCAUCAAUGACCUGCUGUCCUUCGACUUCAUGGACGCCCCACCGAUGGAGACCUUGAUCACAGCCAUGGAGCAGCUGUACACCCUGGGCGCACUGGAUGACGAGGGCCUGCUUACUCGCCUGGGCCGCAGGAUGGCAGAAUUCCCCCUGGAACCAAUGCUGUGCAAAAUGCUGAUCAUGUCUGUGCACCUGGGCUGCAGUGAGGAGAUGCUGACCAUCGUGUCCAUGCUGUCUGUGCAGAACGUCUUCUACAGGCCCAAGGACAAACAAGCCCUCGCCGACCAGAAGAAGGCCAAAUUCCACCAGACGGAAGGAGACCACCUCACCCUGCUGGCCGUGUACAACUCCUGGAAGAACAACAAGUUCUCCAACCCGUGGUGCUACGAGAACUUCAUCCAGGCCCGUUCUCUGCGCCGGGCCCAGGACAUCCGCAAGCAGAUGCUGGGCAUAAUGGACAGGCACAAGCUGGAUGUGGUUUCCUGCGGCAAGUCCACGGUCCGGGUGCAGAAGGCCAUCUGCAGCGGUUUCUUCCGCAACGCUGCCAAGAAAGACCCGCAGGAGGGUUACCGGACCCUGAUCGACCAGCAGGUGGUCUACAUCCACCCUUCCAGCGCGCUCUUCAACCGGCAGCCGGAAUGGGUGGUGUACCAUGAGCUGGUGCUGACCACGAAGGAGUACAUGCGCGAGGUCACCACCAUCGACCCCCGGUGGCUUGUGGAGUUCGCUCCUGCCUUCUUCAAGGUCUCCGACCCGACUAAGCUGAGCAAGCAGAAGAAGCAGCAGCGUCUCGAGCCCUUGUACAAUCGCUAUGAGGAGCCCAACGCCUGGAGAAUAUCGCGGGCUUUCCGGCGGCGCUGACGGGCAGGCCCUGCUUGCCUGAGCUGCAGCGGCGGCCCAGGGCUGGGGGCUCACCCUUGGCAGAUGCUGACCCUGUGGACACGGCUCUCCAGUGGCCGCGUAUCUAAUUAACUGGACUCUUUCCUUACUCGAUUUGCAUUUCUUCCCUCGUGGUAAACUAGAAACAGGGAUUUAUGCCCGGUUUGAGGAGAGCCUUUUGCCCCCACUACCCUAAGUCACCAGGGCCACCUGGGGCUCCCAGCCAACACAGGGUACGCUGCACCAGCUCCAAGGAGGGCAACUCGUGCAGCCCUGGGACGGGAAACGGGGGUUGCAAGCAUCCGACACCUGGACGCACAGACCGAUGGGCGUGGUGGGCACCCUGCUGCCCUGCUCGGUUCUCUGGAGGAGGGAGCCCAGGAGCUCGUUGGAAGUUUCAGCCCCGCCUCUGCUCCUGUCCAACCCCUGCACUUUCGACCGACCUCCUGAAAAUAUUUAUUUUCUUAAGGAAACAAAAAUGACUUUCCUUGAAGGUUUCUUUUAGCUGAAAGGUUAGGAAAUUGGCCUGGGCUCAGGGUGGGGAGGUUCAGUGUCUGUGGCGCUGGUGCGCAUGGUGGAGAGUCCGCUGGGACCAGAACCUGGGGCCCCUCUGGGCUGGGAGCUGAUGCGCAGCCUGGACCCCCAGUCAACCUCAGCACCUGUGCUGUGCCAGCCCUGCUGCGGUCCUCCCCCGACCAACCACACCCACUGCGCAGGCUCUCGGGGCUGCGCGGGCGCCUGAGCCGUUCCAGAUGCCACAUGUCCACUGCGGAAGGCUCUCCCUGUCUCUCCCGCCCACCACACUCAUCAUGUGCAGUGUAUCCUAUUUCCUUUUGAAACUUGUGAGUAACGACAAAGCUUUUGUUUUGUUUCCCCUGAAGCCCUCACUGGGCUGUAACAAAGGGCGUUUGUGGUCAAAGCCUCCCCUCCCCCGCCCCAAACUGAAAACCAGCAUAACGCCGGCUCGUGCUGCCCAGCAUCCAUGCUCCGGGUCCGCACCAAGUGGUUGGCCCCCAGCAUUCCGUUAGGGAGUGACCACCUCCCAGGGCCCCUUUCACCGUGUUUGAGGGGGCUGUUGACCGGGAAGGACAGACAGGUGCUGCCGGGCCGGGUCGUGGGACGGCUGGUGAGCUGUUGGAGACGUGAGGCUGGUUUAGAAGUCCCUGGGGAACUGAGCACACUGUAUGCCAGUGGGCUGCACUGCCUCCCCCAUGCCCACUCUAGGAAGCUCCGAAAUGAUGUAAAAACUGGAACCGCCACAGAAUUGCACGCCAGACACUGAGACUGUACGACAUUCUAGGGAGUGAAGGGAUGUGGGCUGUCGUUGGGCAGCGGACACAUCACCCCGAAGGCAGUGCAGAGAAGCGAGUGGAGAGGCACACAGGCCGAGGAGUCUGCUGGCUGAGGCCCCUGCCCCUCGUCAGAGCUGAGCGUGCUCCUCGGGAAGCUCAGGCCUGUCACUGAGGGUGGGGUGGGGAGUUUGUGUGCUACCAGUUCAGCCUUCUGGGGAGAAGGCAGUGCAGGGCCGGUGGGGGAAACGGGCGUGGCAGCGGGGCUGGGCACCCGGCCCACCGAUCUUAGUUCCAGCCCAGCUCUCCCCAGUUCAGCAACAAACUCGGCUCUGCAGCCUACCUGUCCCUGCUGAGUGACCAGCACCGAUGGCGUUGGCAUCUGUGAGACCAUAGCCCCCAAAGAUGGCAUUUUUGGCUUUGCACUCAGGUUGAGAAAGGGAUGUGUAACAGGGCCCGUCAUCUCUCUGGGUUUGCUGCACGGGGAGAAGGGCCCUGGCUCUGUGGGUGUUCCUUGAGCAUCUCCCAUGGGAGCUGGGGCUACUUCUCCGCUGCAGCAGCACGGUGGGGUCUGACCUGGCAGUCCGUCCGGAGCCGGCACGCGGCCACGUUGCCUAGCCCGCGCAGAAGGGGGCCUCCAGCCAGGGUCGGAGGGCGGGCUCGCCCGCUGCUCCCACACAAUGGGGCCCUUGUUUCUCCUUGAACCGGUAUUACCCGAGCUUGAGUGACAGCCCAGGAGAGGAUGUGGGUCUCACGCAGGGAGCUGGAAUCUUCUUGGCCAUUAAAGUGUGUUCACUGCACCCCUGCGGGAGCCUAGCUCAGGAGUUUCCUGCCCCGCACAUGUGCUGAGUCUGUGCUUGUUUGUGUGUGUGUGUGUGGGGGGGGGGUGCCGUCCCCGUGGGGCGGUUAAGCGCUACUGCUGGGUCAGGCCUCCCGGUUCCAGGUUCCCCGUCGUCCGCUCCGGAGCGCGGUCUGGUUUUGGCUGCCUCUGCUUCAGCCCAGAGAAUUCCCUGCGCUGGCUGUUGCGUGCCUCCUCCGAGCGGUGCCCCUCCAAGCCGAAGGCUUUGAACAAAGAGCUGUAAGGAGUGGCUUGUUCAUGAACGUGGGAGGGCAGAGGUCGCACGUCUCGGCCCGUGGAGACCUUUUCCGUGAUGCUCUCGUGGGCCGGCACUCAGGACCCAUUCCCGCCCAGAUUUUACACCGUCUCACGGAUGGCCUGGCUUUCAUGUGGAAUUAAAUCACAGAUAUUUUUUAA